AAAUCAGUUCGUAUGAACGCACCUUUAGGUGACAGUUUUUGUUGUGGUAGCAUUCAAUCGAUCGUCCAGCUUCACUCAUAACCUCAAACAUUUAAUAAAGAAAUUUCAAACAGAAGAGAAGAAAUGGUAGAAAACUUGAAUGAAAAUGUUCUUUUAGGGGGCUUAAAUGCACAAUCGUGUCAAGAGAUCAUAAUAUUAGAUGAUUCUGGUGAGGGGCACAGAGUGAAUUAUCCCGAUAAUGUCUCUUCAAAUGAAACCGAGAAGAAGCCCUUUAAAUGCUCUCUUUGUAACUAUAAAGGCGCACAUAAAAGUUGUUUAGUCUAUCAUAUGCGUACUCACACAGGUGAAAAGCCAUACUCGUGCUCGCAGUGUGACUACAGUGCAGCAUUACGUAGCGCUGUAACAAAACAUAUGCGAAUUCACUCUUCGGUGCACAAUUGUGACCUGUGCUCUUUUAGCACCAGUGAUCGCAAGAUUUUACAUGCUCACAAAAAGAUUCAUGUGAACGAAAGACAACACAAAUGUGACCGGUGCGAGUAUAGUGCAAUGAGUGGCGCUCAGUUACGCAAACACCUGAUUACUCAUCUCGGAAUUAAACCCUUUAAAUGCACCCAAUGCGAUUACGGCGCACUCAGAAGGUACACGUUAAAGAUACACGAACGUAAGCACACCAGUCAAAAAGAUUACAAAUGUGAACUGUGCAAAUUCAGCUUCUUACGCCUGGACAGCCUCAAAAGCCACAUGCGAACCCACACAAAAGAAAAACCAUAUCAAUGCGCCCACUGCAACUACCGUGCCAACCGCAAGGUACUGUUGGACCUUCACAUAAUGACCCACACGGGAGAAAAGCCGUUUAAAUGCUACCAUUGCAAUUUCAGCGCUACCCGAAAAGGUGACCUGCAACGACACGUCCUAAUACACACCGGCGAAAAGCCCUUCAAAUGUUCCAAGUGUGAUUAUGCCGGUGUACAAAAAUCUAGUCUAGUCAGUCAUUUGCGAACGCACAGUGACGAUAAACCGUUCAAAUGUACGUAUUGUGAUUAUCGCACAUCGCAACCUAGUCUGCAUCGCAAACAUUUAAGACUUCACGAAAGUAAGAAGAAAGUUAACUCACCCCAAGAAGUCAUUGUUAAGGAAGAGUACGUUGAGAAAAACAUUUCGAACGAAGGGGGAUAUUUCAUUGACUGCGCGAUUAAAUCUGAAUUUAAUUGGUAGAUGCAUUUUUGUAUUUAUUCGUCUGUGAUUUUCUAUUUAUUAAAUUUAAUUUAUUGUACA